AGAGGCAGAGCUUUGCUUCCUGGUUGCUGGCCCCUCCCACCACACUGAGUCAGAUGGCAGCGUGUACAGUAACUUUCUUCCCCCUGCUCCUCGAUAGGUUGUGCCUGCGAUGUGCUGCCUUCCCACAGUCCCACACUGUCCCAGUCCUCCUUACAGGAAGGAGCAACAUAGCCAGGACAUGUAAGAUCUCAUUACCUGCUGCGUGAUGGCCACUUCCUCCAAAAGGGCUCGGUAUGAGAGUAGCAGGACGCUUGGAGACAUUCUGUAUGAGGCUCUGGCAGAUCUGACACACGAUGACUUCAAACGGUUUAAGGACAAGUUGUCUGAUUUCAUCUAUAGAGGGCAAGGCUCCAUCCCGCGUGGGCGCCUAGAAAAGUCUAAUUAUGUUACUACAAAAAACCUUCUCAUAGAUGCUUAUGGAGAGGAAGCAGCGAUGGAUGUGACCAAACAGGUCCUCCAACUGAUAAGUCUUAUGGGACCAGCAGAGGAUCUCCAGCACAAAGCGACACAACAUGAUAGCUCCAAGAAGACAUUUACAAAUGAAACAUUGGAAGGCUACAGGAUAACAUAUGUGGAUGACAUAAGAGAGAAAUAUGAAGUUACUGAAGACCAUAACGCAAGGUUAGGGGAAUAUAUCAAACUGGAGAAAAGAUAUGUAACACUUUUACUGAUCAAGAAUUAUCGGGAUGAAGAGCAGAGACAACAUGAGAUAAUAUCUUUAGGCGAGAGGCAUCUACAGAUUAUGGCAAACAGAUCAUCAGAGGAGUAUUCCCCAACCCCUGUACAAGCUCUGUUUGAUCCUGAUGUUGGUGGAAUUAUUCCCAGGACUGUGGUGUUACAGGGACCUGCCGGGAUAGGAAAGACUAUGACCACCCAGAAGAUCAUGCUGGACUGGGCCUCCGGGAAUCUGUAUAAGGACAAGUUUCAGUUUGUGUUCUACAUAAGCUGUAGAGAAGUCAACACCAUCACUGGUAAUUUAAGCCUGGCUGGAUAUUUAUCAAACUAUUGUCUACUGAAAUGUCGAUCCGAUCAGUUGCGGUCUAUAUUCCUUCAUGCUGAAAAAAUACUUUUCAUUGUUGAUGGUUUUGAUGAAUUGAAAUGGUCACCAAUGAGUGAUAGAGAGGUGUGUGAUGACCCAUUUCAGGAGGUCUCCAAAGAAAUCCUUCUAAAUAGUUUAUUUAGAAAAAAAAUUCUCAAGAAAAGUUACCUAAUCAUCACCACACGACCAUUGUCAUUAAUGGCAUUGAAGGGCUUUGCAAAAUGUAUUCGAUAUGUGGAGAUUUUGGGAUUUACAGGGAAUCAGCGUGAGGAAUAUUUUUAUCAUUUCUUUCAAACCAAAGAACAAGCAGACCUGGUCAUUAGUACAAUAAAGGACAAUGACACUCUGUACACCAUGUGCGCUGUUCCUGUAAUUUGCUGGAUUGUCUGUACUGUUAUGAAACCACUAUGGAAACAGGGAUUUUUUGUCAUUAACUGCAAGACAGUCACAUCCAUUUACCUGUUGUACCUAAAGAGUUUAAUACUGUAUCAUGGAAGAGACUCUGCCCAGCAUAUAAGCACAUGUAUACAGAAGCUGAGUGCCUUGGCCAAUGAAGGAGUUUGGGACCAGAGAAUUCUAUUUGAAGAAUCAGAUCUUGUAAGACAUGGGCUCUCUGUGUCAGAGGUGGAGUCUGUGUUUCUGAAUGAGAACAUCUUCCACAAGGACGUUGACACCCGAACCUGCUACAGCUUCAUCCAUCUGACUGUGCAGGAGUUUUUUGCUGCUCUCUACUAUGUCCUGGAUGAGAAACAUGUACAAGAACAUUCUAUUGAAAUAAACAAAUUACUUGAGGUAACAGAACAUCGGCCACAUCUAAAAUUAACUGUACGGUUCUUGUUUGGCCUUUCAAAUGAAAAACAAAAUCAGGAGACUCUGAGAGCCAUUAAGUGUCCCAUUUCCUUAAGGGGAAAACCUGUUUUGGAUGAAUUUAUAAAGAGAAAGUCAUGGGAUUCCCAUAGUGAGAUACUCUGCUGCCUGUAUGAGACACAGGAUGAGGACUAUGUGGAAAGAAUGAUGUCUCACUUUCUUAAUGUGGAAUUGAAAAUGUAUAGAAAAAAAAGUGACCAAAAGAACAUUGAUUACAGAGCUUUAGCCUACUGCUUGGAGAAAACUACAAUUCAACAUACUGUUACUUUGGAAAAAUACGUAAUAGGACCAAAGGCUCGGAGUGUUCUACCUAAAGCACUUUCUAUUUGUUCACACCUUCGAUUCGUGAAAUGCAAAUUUCCUCUAACAGAAGAGAAAUACAUGUCUGGUGAUGAAUCCAGUUUAUCUGGAAUGUUUAAAAAGUGUCAGAUGAAGGAACUAGUGUUAUAUAGAUGUGAUCUGACCUCCUCCUGCUGUGAUGAUCUCCGCUCUGUUAUUACUACAAACCGUUCUCUGACCAGACUGGAGCUGUCAUACAAUGCUGUGGAGGACCCUGGAGUAAAACUUCUGUGUGAGGGACUGAGACACCCGGCCUGUACCCUGCAGGAUCUGAGGUUACACAGUUGUGGUCUGACCUCCUCCUGCUGUGAUGAUCUCCGCUCUGUUAUUACUACACUCCGCUCUCUGACCAGACUAGACCUGUCAGACAAUGUUCUGGGGGACUCUGGAAUAAAUCUUCUGUGUGAGGGACUGAGACAUCCGGCCUGUGCCCUGCAAGAGCUUAGGUUAUGUAAAUGUGAUCUGACCUCCUCCUGCUGUGAUGAUUUCUGCUCUGUUAUUACUACACUCCGCUCUCUGACCAGACUGGUCCUGUCACACAAUGAUCUGGAGGACUCUGGAAUAAAGCUUCUGUGUGAGGGACUGAGACAUCCGGACUGUGCCCUACAGGAUCUGUGGUUACCGGGCUGUGAUCUGACCUCCUCCUGCUGUGAUGAUCUCCGCUCUGUUAUUACUACAAACCGCUCUCUGACCAGACUGGUCCUGUCAUGGAAUGCUCUCGGGGACUCUGGAAUAAAGCUUCUGUGUGAGGGACUGAGACACCCGGCCUGUACCCUGCAGGAUCUGUGGUUACUGCACUGUAGUCUGACCUCUUCCUGCUGUGAUGAUCUCCGCUCUGUUAUUACUACACGCCACUCUCUGACCACACUGGCCCUGUCAUGGAAUGUUCUGGAGGACUCUGGAAUAAAACUUAUGUGUGAGGGACUGAGACACCCGGCCUGUACCCUGCAGGAUCUUAGGUUAUGCGAAUGUAAUCUGACCUCCUCCUGCUGUGAUGAUCUCCGCUCUGUUCUUACUACAAGCCGUUCUCUGACUAGACUGGACCUGUCAGGGAAUGCUCUGGGGGACUCUGGAAUACAGAUUCUGUGUGAGGGACUGAGACACUCAGACUGUGUCCUACUGGAACUUAGGUUACUGAGCUGUGGUCUGACCUCCUCCUGCUGUGAUGAUCUCCGCUCUGUUCUUACUACAAACCGCUCUCUGACCAGGCUGAACCUGUCAGGGAAUGCUCUGAGGGACUCUGGAAUAAAGCUGCUGUGUGAGGGACUGAGACACCCGGCCUGUUCCCUGCAGGAUCUGAGGAGGCUGGCUACCUCCUUACCAGGUGGCAGCUAAUCCCAGGGUUCUAAUCACAGUGUCAGGAAUCGACUUACCAGGCUAACAUCCGUCCGCCGCUGCGGACUCCGUCCUGGCUCCCUGCGGUCACCUGUCACCUGUGCCCCUGCCAUGGGGCAUCGUCAGGAUCCUGUGAGCACUGCUGAGACAGCGGGCGUGUAGUGCGCCGCGUCCCCGCUGGGCCGCGGCGUGGGCGCCGCCAUGACAGUCUGCAAUGGUCAGUAUGCUGCGGCCAAUCCGGUGCGUGGCCGCACCCACCUUUCCUGCACUCAUCCAAUCCCUGCACACCAUGGGGUAUAUAGGAGGCUACCGGUUCAGUUCACAGGCAUCCUGGACUUUGUGUCUAAUCUGCGACCUACAUGAAAGGAUCGGUUCCUGUCUCUCCUGAGUUCCUGGUUCUCUGCUAAGAACGUUAUUCUCCUGGUGAUUCUGCAUUUCUCCCGUGGAACUUCAAGGCUCAGCAAUACCAGCAACCUGCAUAAGGCCUCACACUCAUCACCACCUUGUGUGCUUCAGCCUGCAGUUGAAGACUAAACUCCAGGUGUGUUCAUUCCUCCACCUGUGACACAGCUUGCUGCUGCCAGUGCCUCAUCACCUGCACUGUGAGUUGGUCUCCUGCUUAUGCUCAGGUUUGCCAUUUCAUCUACUGCCUUAGUUUCCCGUUUUAACCCUGCACUGGUUUCCAAGCCAGAACCAUUCCAUAAGACAUUUGUUCUUCUGAUUUAUAUUCCGGAUAUUAUUUCUCAAAUCCAUUUAUCAUUCCUUUGCCAUAGACUUUCAGAUUCAUUACUGAGUGAUUGACUUUUUUCCACCUGUUAUUAUUAUUUCUGCUGCAAUAACUGUUAUAACAUCUGCCUAAUAAAAAUACCAUUGCGCUCAUGCGCAGGAACGUUAUUCAACCUCCUCGUUUCCUUCCUUCCACCUCCACUGACCCACUAGCGCCCCCUCCGGGGACACAGACCAAACACAAUCUGACACACAGUUCUGCUCAGCGCCACAAAACCUUCUUUUUUUUUUUUGCCCAUUGUAU